UAUAAUUAUUUCUCUCUUUCAAAAAAUUUCAUCACUUAAAGAAUCUGAAUUUUUUUUCUUUUUCUAUAUCUUUGUUUGAAACAAAAAAAUAAAAUGAGCAACAUAAGCAUGGUUGAAGCAAAGCUUCCACCAGGGUUCAGAUUUCAUCCUAGAGAUGAAGAACUUGUGUGUGAUUACUUGAUGAAGAAGGUUACUCAUAGUGAUUCUCUUCUCAUGAUUGAUGUUGAUCUUAACAAGUGUGAACCAUGGGAUAUUCCUGAAGCAGCAUGUGUGGGAGGAAAAGAAUGGUAUUUCUAUACACAAAGAGAUCGCAAAUAUGCAACAGGCCUACGCACAAAUCGUGCAACUGCAUCAGGCUAUUGGAAGGCAACUGGAAAAGACAGAUCUAUCCUUCGCAAGGGCACUCUUGUUGGCAUGAGAAAAACAUUAGUGUUCUAUCAAGGAAGGGCACCAAAGGGAAGAAAAACUGAAUGGGUUAUGCAUGAGUUUCGCAUUGAAGGUCCUCAUGGCCCUCCCAAAUUUUCUUCUUCUAAGGAGGAUUGGGUAUUGUGUAGAGUCUUUUACAAGAAUAGAGAAAUUGCUACAAAACCAAGCAUGGGUAGUUGCUAUGAUGACACAGGCUCUUCAUCACUUCCAGCAUUAAUGGAUUCAUACAUAAGUUUUGACCACCAAGCUCAAUUCCACACAGAUGAAUAUGAGCAAGUGCCCUGCUUCUCCAUUUUCUCUCAAAACCAAAUCAAUCCAUUCUUCAACCAUACAACAAACAUGGAACCAAAACUACCAACAGUCAACAACAAUAACAACAAUCCAACAACUACAUUUGGAGGAGCACCUUAUAGCUUAGACCCUUUGUCUUGUGAUAGAAAGGUUUUAAAAGCUGUUUUGAGUCAACUCUCAAAAAUGGAAAGAAACACUCUUGAUAACAAUAAUAAUAAUAGUAGUAAUCAAAAUCUAAAAGGGUCAUCACCAAGCUUUGGUGAAGGAAGUUCUGAGAGUUACUUAUCUGAAGUGGCUAUGCCCCAUAUGUGGAACAAUUAUUAAUGAUGUACUUCACUCCUAUUGAAUUCUCCAUAACUGCAAUAUUGUGCUAUAACGGCAGAUGAUUUGAAUCUAUUGCCGUUAUAGUAUGAUGUUGCAGUUGUUUGAGAAUUCAGUUGCAAUAAAAUGGUGUACACAAUCAAAAAUAGGAGUCAGAAGGGGAAGAGAAAUUUCAUUGUUUUAAGUGAUGUAAUAGUAUCUAUAUAUAUUUUUCUUAUGAUUUUAGCUAUUAAUAUAUAAAUAUCUAUAUCCAUAUGAUGUGUCCCAAUAUAUUAGAAAAAUGGGACUUGUAAUUGGAAUUUAUAAAUUUGUAGUUGAUUUUAGUUAGUA